AAUACAGACUCGCAGCUCCUGUUUUUGCCUUUAAACGGCUCCAACUUCCUCCUGAAAAUGGAGGAAAUGUGUCGCUGCUUUGUGUUUUCUGUUUUGGCUGCGGCUAGCUAACUCAGCUAGCUCCAGUGGAAUGACUAACUUAUGCAAAACUUUGUGAAACGUGACAUUUGACUCGGUUAAACGACCUGACCGUGUGUUAUAUCGUGUCAGCACGCAUGCAUGUCACAGUAGCACUGAGCCCAGAGUUAUAUUAUCGCGACUAACGCAGGUUUAAAUGAACUAAAUCACUUAAUUGGUCGCUUCACUUCCAGCAGACACUGCUGAGGAUGCUAAUGACUCGCGGAGCUGCUAGUGUCUAAUUAACGCGCGCGCACCGACAGGCUGCCGCUCGGUGUCCGGUAAAUGUGGCCGUUAUGGCCGUUAUGUCGGUAACGGCAGCUCACCGAAAAGGAGACGUUAACGUGAAGAACAGCACGCGCUCUUAGACACGUACUUGUCCUCGUGAGAAGGAGACCAUGGUGGCGUUACUAUUCCACGCAGAGUCUACCCGUCACUGAGGAACACUCCUGCCAUGUUCUAGCCUGCUCUUGUACCAAAAGCCUCUAUGGUGGGAAAGGGUUGAGAACAAUUUCUUUUCUACACAGUGAAGGUACUUCAGGACGAAGAAUACCUGGAAGGAAGUGUCAGGAUAUAACCUAAGAAAAUAACAAACCACAACGCCUAAAAGUCAGAGGACCAAAGGGGGAGGAGAGGACAGGAGUGUGGCAGAGUGGGUGUUGGGGAUGGGGUUGAAGAGCCAAAGGAGGGCGUCAUGGUUCACAGCGGCUCUGCAUCCCCAAUGACAACAACGCCAUCAGCUUCACCUCAAUUAACUGUUCCCGCUACAACACCUCCUCUGCAAGCAGCCCCUGACGUGCCCCCUCCUGGAGACAUUACAGACCAGGACCUAACCCAGACCCCUGCCAAUAUCCAAAGCCACACCACAGACCUUACCUCCAACUCAGAGCUGACCCAAGCCUCCACUCUAAGUCCUGCUGAUGCCGAACCACAUGUUAUAACUCCAGGAAAAGCACUUGCUACUAAUUCCGAUCCAGCAUCAGCCUGGUCCUCUACACAGGCAUCAGCCCUUGCUCAGGGCUCAGUCAAUGGCCGUACGUCAGGCAGGAAGAGGACUCCUAAGGCCUGUGACUGCUGUGGCCCCAACAGUACAGGGCACAAUGUCAGAACCUCGGGCAGAGGGAGGGGUAGGGGCAGAGCAAGAGGUAGGGGAGCUGGUAGUGACCUCUGGGACACCCCAAAACGGAAAGUGGGUGGACAGCUGACGCAUAUCAAGUGUUUUGAUUUGACCAAGGAGAUGGUAGAAGAAGCAGAGGAUGAAGAUGACAGCUAUGAGAAGGUGCAAACGACUGUUGUAGUGGCUGAUACUCAGGCACGAACACCCGUUUCCCUCCCUGUCUCUGUCUCCCUGCAGUAUGGACCAAUAAGGAAUUCUGUUGCUCCAGAGAAAUGGGAUGCACAGAAAAUGGAGGACGUGUUGAUAGAGGGGUCAGGGGUUGAUGGUGCAGGAGGAAAAGGAGAUGAUGAUAGCAAGGACGUGGAGAUGAGAUUAUCAGGAAUGGCAGUUCGAGGGAAAGGAGGAAGGGGAAUGGUGGGAGCAUCUUCUGCAUCAAACAUGGAAGUAGAAGGUGGAUUCAGGAGGGGAGGUUUUGGUAGCGGCGUUAUCGGUCUUAAAACGUAUGCCCGACCUCGAUUAAUGUUUAUGCAGAGGCAGGGACCAAACAAAGAUGCACAGGUGGACCUUGAAGAGCAGCCUGAUCCCAGCUCAGUUAAAUCUGCAUUUGGAAAUGGAGACACUGUUAACCUGUCUGACACCGAACCUGAAGAGGAGGCGAAGGAGGACAACAUGACCUUGAGCGAAAUGGAAAAUGGACUACUCUCUUGCUCACGACAGUCACGUCCUGCUUCAAGGUCAGGAUCUUCCCAGGACCUUGACUCUGAGAUGCAGGUGGACCAAACUCCUGACGGAACAGACUCUGUGUCUUUACCAGUAGCUCUGUCCAAUGGAAACAUCACAUCAACGAAUGAGGACCACUGUUCCACACUUAUGGAGGUGGAAACUUCUCAUCCACCUACGGUGGUUCUUUCAUCCCAGGGACCUAUUACAGUAUCGAGCAUGGAGCACCACGGGGCAUUAAGAGACCACAGGCUGUACUGUCAGCCUGGAACCUGGGGGAAGAAGGAGAUGGAAGAAGUGUCGGGCAAAGAUGGAGAGAUGGAUGAAAAGACAGAGGAUGAAGAAAAUCUGGAGCAGCUCACUGAUCUGAUCCACGAGUUUCUGGAGAGCUUCUACAUAAAGUAUGGUGGGUUCAUUCCUCUCAGUGAGACUGAUGUCCUGGAAUACCUGAAGAAGAAGAAGGGCAACUCUGACCUCAGCAACAGGGGACUGGAUAUCAAACGAGAGAUGUCCCGGUAUAGGGCGGGGCUGGCCUCUGCUCCUGUUGCAGGUUUCAUGGUGACAUAUAACAAACAUAACCUGGGCCUGGAGGACCUUGGUACACUAGAGGAACAGAACUGGCUUAAUGACCAGAUUAUCAACAUGUAUGGAGAACUCAUCAUGGAAGCAACACAACACAAGGUUCAUUUUUUCAACAGUUUUUUCCACAAGCAGCUGGUUGCCAAGGGUUAUGAUGGAGUGAAGAGAUGGACUAAAAAAGUUGACCUGUUCUCCAAGUGGCUGUUGCUAAUUCCCAUCCAUUUAGAAAUCCACUGGUCUCUUGUCACGGUCACCAUGGCAACCAAAACCAUCAGUUACUACGACAGCCAAGGCAUUGUCUUCAGACACACCACAGAUAACAUUAUGAAGUACCUUCUGUCUGAAGCCAGAGAGAAGAAACAGACUGCUUUCCAGAAAGGCUGGAAGAUAACCAUCAUUAAGGGUAUUCCUCAGCAGAAAAACGACAGCGACUGCGGAGUAUUUGUCCUUGAGUACUGCCGCUGUCUCUCUGUGAAGCAGCCUCUGCUGUUCAGUCAGGAGGACAUGCCUCGCAUCCGCAAGAGAAUCUACAAGGAGCUGUGUGACUGUCGCCUCAACGAUUGAACGACUGAAUAAUGGUCACCCUCACUCACUGAUUGCUUGCCUGGUUACAUAAGAUGGUCUGUCCAAAUCUGUCAGACAGCCUGUUUCACUGACAGCCUGUUACAUAAGCUAACACAUGUUCCAGGGAGUCCUAACUGACACUCUGCCUGUUUGACUGACAGCAGAGUAGCUGGUCACUUUGGACUUCUGGUGACUUUUGGAACUCAAUAACAGUCUGUAGCUAAGCAGAUUUCUACUUGCAAACUUGCAAAGAACUACUGAUGUGGCCCCCCUACUGACCCACAAAAAAUGCUGGACCCGUACCCAUCAGGUGGUUCUUCCAUUCUAUAUUUACCAACCCCAAUGGAUUUCAACCAAAUGGCCAAACGGCUGCCUUUAAGGACACAAAGGAGCUCUGACUUGAACUGAGGACAGGCGUUGGACCAGCCUGGACCAAUGGGAAGGACUUUCCAUCCCACAUAGAGUGGCCUUACCUCCUGCAUGGCCAUUUUAACCUGAAUGACAUUUUUAACUGUUUAUUUUAUGCUGGACUUUACAGCAGUAUCAUUACAGUUGUAUGCGUGUCUUUUUUUUCUAACAUGUUCAUGAAGCUAGGAUGUGAGAUUCAGUGGACCAACCGUUCACUUUAAACUUGAAGGUUUGAGUUGGUUAUGUUCUGCUGGACUACAGAUAUUUGCACGGUUAGAGGCCUAUCCAUUGAAGAGUCGAGAAUAUCAACUGAAUGUACUGAUCACCGUACAGGCUAAUGGCACAUUUUGGCUAUAGCUUGAAACAGGGACAUAAUUUUUCAAGGUAGUUUUUGUUUAAAGUGUCAGAUUUUUGACACCUUACUCCAAAUAAUUUAGUACUAAAAUUCCAAUUUUUCCACCACAUAAUUUCUCGCUUUUUUGUUUUGCUGUGAUCACUUCCGUACAGUAGGUUUUGCACAAGCUUUUUUCAGCCAUUUCAGCUGAAAGCCAUUGUAUGAUAGUACUUUACAUUUGAAUUCGUCAAAUUAAGUCAAACGGUCUGCUGGUUUGUAAAUUUCAUGUUAAGCUGUACAGCCAGCUGUUCAUUUGAGGACCACAGUUUUUUAUUUUUUUAUUUUAGCGAAGCAGGUUCUCCAUGUUGACUUUAUAUUGUCAUGGCCUACUGCUUCACAUCGACGCAUUAACACAAGUGAAGAAAGUCACGGUUACAGAGCGGCCUCUUUAGCAGAGAAACAAGUAGACCUCAUUUUGUUCAAAUCUACAGUCCAAUCUGGAUUUUGUUGUUCUAUUAAUUGGCUUAUAUGUAUUUACAGAUUGUAUUGUACUUUACCUGGCCUACUACUGUACAUGCUUGCUUUGGCUAAAAACCACAAUUGUUUCUGAACCGUUUUUAUUGUUGUUAUUAAAAGGCCAAUACUGCUGGGAAAUUUGUUGCAGCUUUUCCCUUAAUUGGUUCUGAAUGCAUAAUGAACUGGUGUGAUAAAGAAAAUCACAAAAAUCUCUUCUCACCAAGUCCCAUGUACAGAUAGACACAUUGUUUCAGCAGUGCCUGUGUCAAACGUUUCUCCUCUAAGAGAUGUCCUUGAGAUCCAUUACCGAUUUUUAAAUAAAUAAAUAAAUAAAUGCCCUUGCCAAAAGUAAGGAGAGGAGUUCU